GAUUUUGACAUUUCAGAAUGCGACAUGCAUGAAAUACGACGAGUGCCCGGUGUGGAGCAGGAACUGUUUACCAUUUUGGAGCACCUGAGUUCACCCCGAUCAAAUUUUUGUGAGUUCAUAUUCCUCAAUCAUUAGUUUUCUGUCACGGUAUUAUUUUGCUAUUUUUGUUUAAAUUUGUCUUUUCUCCGUUUUUGUUUUUGCUCACGGUAUUGUCUGUUAUUUUGAUUGGACUUAUGAGUUUCGAUUGCCCCCUUGGUGUCAUCUAUCUUAUUACACUGCUCUUAAUUCCUGGUUUUUUUAAUACCCUCGGGUAUACUACAGUCUACCAGCAAUGCUACCAACCUAUUAGAUCUCACGAAACGUAUUUUUGGAAAACCAGCACCAUUGGGAAAUUACGCUUGAGACCAAAUUUUUAAGAAGGCAAAAGAAUACAAAUUUUGAAGCAUCAGUAAAAACUGCGUUGAAUUGAAAUUUGCGAUCUGAAUAAAACUUGCUGGUGAGAAACAUCAUGGGGCCGAUUACGGAAUAACUUACUAGAUUUAUCCUAUUUUUCUCGGAUUGUAAAACAGAACGAACUUACGUGCAAUGGCAGAAGAAUCUGAAUAUCGCAUUCCUAAAGCCACUAUACAAGAAAUUGACUCUAAGACAGUAGAAGUUGAUAUAAGAAUACCCAAUUUAGAAGUGAAACGAAAAUUGCCUGGUAUAGGAACUGCUAAACUAAAAGAUAACUGUACAGUAACACCCGAUUUCCAGGCAAAUUCUCUUCAAAUAACUGCCAUUGUCAAAAAGAAUGAUAUUGAAAAUAAGUUUAGAUAUGAUGUGAAAAAGUUACCAGGGGAGAUAAUUCCUGAUAAAUGCACCACAAAGUACAAAGAUGAUCUGAUAACUUUACUACUACACAAAGCUGAACCUUCAUCGUGGGAGAUACAGUUGAAGAGAGGACUUGAACAAGCUAAAGAUUAAAUUUGAAAUCUGACUCAAGUAUUGAAGGACCAUCAUGUCUUUUCCCACUGGUGUACUACUGUAUAACCUGCAAAUCAGCUAAAAUAAUAUAUUAAAAUCGUGUAUAGACGUAUAGAAAUACUGAUUUUUACCAAAAAAAAAGAGCUAUGUAUUGGUUGUGUUGUCUACACUUCUAGGGAAAUAGUUGUGAAUCAUAGAUGACCCCAUGAAGUCAGUUUAUACAAUGUAUAAUUCUAAUCAGUACAAUUUUCAUUUUCGUUUUCUUUGAAAUUUUUUUCCCAGGUUGAAUUAAGAACAUGCACAUGUAUUGCAUGUGUAUAAAAUAUACAAAUUAAUUUUUGAAUUUUACGUACAUAUUAUAUUUCAUAAACUGUAAACUGUAGUUUAUGUUUGUUUGAGCAAAUUUAAAAGAUAAUUUUUAUUUUUUACAUAAAUUGCCUUUAAUUAAUAGUUACUUGUAUGUUUUGUAAACAAAAAUAUCAAAAAUCAAGAAUGUCUUAAAGCUAAAUUCUUAAAGUUCAAUAGACUUAGCAUUUUGAUGGCAUGAAAAGAAUUUUAUAAAGUUGGUCACACUUUUCUAGCAUUACUUCUGCCCACACAAAAUGUUAAAGGUUUCUGAUAUGGUCCAUUUCAGAAUGAGUACUAAUAAUAGAUAAUUGAUUAUGUAUACAGUUAAAUUAUAAUCCACGCAUGUCAAAUACUAGAGCAGAAUAUGAGAUCCAGCUCGUAUUUGCUGCUGUAGUGACUGAGCCUCUGUCUUUAAUACUCUGUGCAAACAAAGUUUUGGAGGUCUAUAUCAAUCACCCUGUCUAUAUGUCUGUCCAUGUGCCUUGAAAGCUUCAUAAACUGCUAAAUGGAUAUUAAUGAAACCUAACACAGUUGUGGAACACUGAUUCACACUAACUGAAGAUGUGCAUAUAUGAUUAUUCCAGGUCCUGCAUGUUAAAGGGGAGACAAUCCAACUAAUUUAUUUCAAUAUUGCAAAAAUGUGGUGAUAGUCGCUCAUAAGUACAACUCCUUCUAAAGGGUUGGAUGGGUAUUGAUAAAACUUUACACAUUUAUAGAACACUUCUAGAAGAUAUGCAUAAAGGAAUGCAAGCUUUGUACAAAAUGUAAAAAGGGAGAUAACAAAUUAGAUAUAUCUUUAUGGCGAGUUCACUCACAUUUCUAAUUCUUUUUUUUAAAUGUUUCUUAUUCGAAUAUCAGUUAUGUAUAGAAGGAAAUAAUUUAUACAAGUAUCAGUAUGUAAGACAAUUGACUGAUAUACAGUAUUGUUUUAUCAGCAUUUAUUUUUUAUUGGCGUUCAUGUCCCUUAUUUAUAAUUGGCUUUUAUUGAUGUUGUUAUAUUAAAUUAUUAUUGGCUAGAAUGCAUAACAUUUUGAUAUACAAGUUUAAGAUAUUUGUUAGAUUUUUGCUGUUGAUGUCAAAAUGUUAUUUUGCCAUGAAACAUUUUUUCUGUUUUUUUUUUAAUGUAAAUUAAAUUCAUGUAUGCAUCUGUAUAUAGCAGAAAAUUAGUUUAUUAGAACUUUAAUUGCUUGUAGCAGACAAUUUGAGCUCUGCACAUCAUAUUUUAACAUAACUAUAUUGAAAUGCAUUUUUUGGACUUUUUUGUAUAUUUUAUAUCAUUGGUUUAUUGUAUUAAUGAAGGUGAAUGUUUUCAAAAGUAGAAUAUUACAUUGUACAAACUUGCCAGUUCAAUACAUGUUUUAAGGGACACUAUUCACAAAUAAUUAUGUAUUAACCUGUUUAUUUUAAAAUGACUAGAAAACUAUGUGUAGAUUUAAUCAGUGUUCUUCUCAUGGCCUUUAAGCAUCAUGGUAAUGUGAUGCUGUAUUGCUAGGAUGUGAUGUUAUCUGAAAAGAUUUUCUUAUAUAUUGUGUUAUGGGUGUGAUACUAUAAUUUCUAGAAACAAGAUGGUGUUUCAAUAUAGGAUGCUAUAUGAAACUUUUGGGGAGAACACUGGAUUUAAUUGCUUUUUUAGUUUUCCAUUUUCAUGUGUUUUUUUACUGAUGCAAUAUCAAGGGAGGGAUAUUGCUUGCUAUCUUGCUAAUUUUUUGGUUACCUCUACGGAAAAUAUAACCUUCAUAUGCAAUAAAAUUGUGUAGCGAAUGUUUACAUAUCUUGUCAACUUUAAAUUACCUAAAGCUUGAUAUUGCUAUAUGUAGAUAUUUUGUAGAUAAGUCAAGUUUUGAUAUAUUUUGAAGCUGCACUGUUCAAAUUUUAUUCAUAAUAAUCAUUCUAAAAAUAUGUAUUUGAUAACAUCGAUAAUUUUCGAAGGGUAAGAGUGAUGAUGUUUUUACUUUUCAAAAUUGAAUAUUUUCUAAUGAAAUGUAAUACACAUAAACACAAGUUUUACACAUCUCCAACCGAACAGGAUAGUUCCAGUAUAUAGCUGCAUGUAUUCAAAUGACAUUAAAAUAUAAUUGUCAUGAAUAUAUUUAUAAUACUUGCUGCAGGUCUUUAAGCACCCAUCUAUGAAUAAGUUAACCAAACAAGGGGAAGUAAUCUAUUAAAUGAAAUUACUAUGUUUCACAGUUUAAGUGCUGGAUUACUUUGGGUAAACGAUUCCUCUUUUUUAAAUAUUAAGCAUUUUGAAGAAUCUUCAAAAUAUGUCACCUGGACCCUUUCACCUUCCAUUUAUUCGGAAAAGCCAUAUCUGGAAGGUUUGGCACUUUUCCCUAUAAACAAGAUGUAAAGCAAACUUUUAAAUGAUCUAUAAAAUGAAAAACAUCUUGGAAGCAGACACAAAGAUUUAAGAAAGGAAAGAGCUUUUGUAAUUAUUUUAAAUAGAGAUAAGGCCAAUUAAAAUUAAUUGAUAGAUUUUCAUCCCCGCCCGCCCCUCUGAAAUCGUCCCGCCCCGAUUUUUUUUUAUUUUUAAAAAUUUACGAUUUCCGGAUUUUGAUCAUUUCCGUAACUGGAAACCGCCGACAACUUCGUUUCAUUCAAAACUAAGUUACUUCCUGAUUCAAAUUAUGGUUUUCGUAUUUCUUCGCGUAAUAUAAGUCAACAUAUUCUUCUGCUCAAUGAUGACAAGAUUAUCUUCUGAGAAUAUAGAUUGAUUACUAGAAGGGUAUGAAAUAUUCGGGUUCCGCCUUAUAGGCGGUGUCCAAGAACGCUAAUCGCGGUAUGUCACAAAUUUCAGUGAAUAGAAAACCGUGGAUUUUUUAUUUAUACAAUGACUUUGUGUCAAGAAAUUUGGACUGUGAAUAUUGUGCAAGAAUCGUGAAAUACAUUGGUACAAAAACAUGACUAGAAUAAAGUAAUUGACACAAGCACGAACUUUAUGACCGUAUAUUGAGUACAUAGCGUUGGCCAAUGUACAAAAUGUAUUAUAGCAAGCCCUUAGAUUUACCCCAAGGCUGUCGUUUUUGUUGAAAAACAGCAAACACCAUCUGUCCCCUUCCCCUCGAUAGAGUUAUUAAACAACUUCUUUUUGGUUCAGUUCAUGUUUUACAUUGUAAUUAUAUUUGCACCUUGCUUAAGAAUCUUGACCUAGUAUUUUCAACACUGACAGUUUUAGUUUUCAUUUCACUCUGUACUCAUAAUAUUUGUGUUGCAUACCAAUGCAUAUGCUUCAAUUUAUGGGCACUACAAAUCAUAGCUUAGAAAGCAAGAUACAUUUGAUCUAGGUAGUCUAAAAGAGAACAUUUUUCCACGUUUUUGCUAUUUACUAAAAAUAGGUUUCUAAAGCGGCAAUUAGUUGCCAAUCAUAAUAUUUAAUUUAAGAAUUUGAAAAAUAGUGUAGAAUUCCUUAUAUAAAAAUGAUAUAAGCUUAUUUUUACCUUUGUAUAUGAACAACACGUCACAAAAGGGUUUAGGAGGAAAUAAAAAUUAAAAAAUUAAAUCCUCCCACCCGCCCCAUUUUUUUCAAAAAUCUGGAUGAAAAUCUACCAAUUAAUUUUAGUUGGCCUAACUGCUUUACAGAAUAAAAGAAUGAAUAAAGAAUAAAAGUAAAGUUUUCAUUUUUUGUAUGAUUACCGGGGUAGUUAUUUUUGUUUACAUUUUAACCUAAUACUUUAAUUCAGUUUAUUUAUCUGGUGAUCGGUUUUAGGGUUUUAGAUUUUUUAUUAACCUCAUACUCAACUUGAAUAAUUUUAUUGUAUAACUAUUUGAAUGUUACGUUAAAUAUUUUGUCUGUACAACUAUUUGCAUCUGUAAAGUUUGAUAUUUUACACCAAACACUGUAUCAAAUGUAUAUUAUCUCCCUUAAUAACUUUUGAGUUAUCUCCCCUGAUUAUAGAAUGAAAUAGAUAAUUUUCCAAUAUUCUGCAUUUUACAGUUUCUAAAAUGAAUUAUUUUUAAAACUUGAAUUUAAAUUUGAAUGGAACUUAGUACCAUAUUAUAACUAGGUUGCAAACCAUCUAUAUCUAACUAACCAUUUUAUACUUUGUUUUCUUUUUUAAUGUAUUUUAUUUUAAAGACACCAGGCUGUUUUUUUUGUGAAUUCCUCAAUGAAUAAAGGAAUUUAAACCAUUUAUUACUUGAAAGAAUUGCAGAAUAACCAGGAAAUUUUAGUGCUAGCUAUUUCAAAGUUUACCUGAGUGAAAAUUUCAGUAUACAAAAGUUUUAUUCUAACAAAAUGCUAAAAGAAUUUGAAAAUGUAUUUAUAUUUUAAAUGUUAAGAAAGGGUGCUCCUUUGUAAACUAGAAGUAUAUGACACAUAAGUUACAGUAAGACUACAAGUAGAUGUAGUGUAUAAAUGUACUUCGAUGAUACAACACUCAAAAACACAUAGCAAUCUUGUGUCUGUCAUUGGUUUAAUUCUACAUUAUGUGUCAACAGAUUAACUCUGAAUUAUGUGUCAACAGAUUAACUCUGAAUUAUGUGUCAACAGAUUAACUCUGAAUUAUGUGUCAACAGAUUAACUCUGAAUUUUUUCAAAAGUAGUUUACUUUACAACUUACUUAUUUUGACUACUUAUGUAUAUUCUUUAGAUAUAAACAUACCAAUGUUUUUGAAUUACAGUAGUUAAUUUGUAUUUAAAAUUUAGCAAGUGGUAUACAUUUUUAAGCAAUUGCAAUGAUCUGAUGUGUUCUUUUUUUAGCUCACCUGACCUGAAAGGUCAAGUGAGCUUUUCUCAUCACUUUGCGUCCGUCGUCCGUCGUCCGUCGUCCGUAAACUUUUACAAAAAUCUUCUCCUCUGAAACUACUGGGCCAAAUUUGACCAAACUUGGCCACAAUCAUCAUUGGGGUAUCUAGUUUAAAAAAUGUGUCCGGUGACCCGGCCAACCAACCAAGAUGGCCGACAUGGCUAAAAAUAGAACAUAGGGGUAAAAUGUAGAUUUUGGCAUAUAUCUCUGAAACCAAAGCAUUUAGAGCAAAUCUGACUUGGGGUAAAAUUGUUUUUCAGGUCAAGAUCUAUCUGCCCUGAAAUUUUCAGAUGAAUCGGACAACCCGUUGUUGGGUUGCUGCCCCUGAAUUGGUAAUUUUAAGGAAAUUUUGCCGUUUUUGGUUAUUAUCUUGAAUAUUAUUAUAGAUAGAGAUAAACUGUAACAGCAAUAAUGUUCAGCAAAGUAAGAUCUACAAAUAAGUCAACAUGACCAAAAUGGUCAGUUGACCCCUUAAGGAGUUAUUGCCCUUUAUAGUCAAUUUUUAACCAUUUUUCGUAAAUUUUUGUAAUCUUUUACAAAAAUCUUCUCCUCUGAAACUACUAAGACAAAUUUAACCAAACUUGUCCACAAUCAUCAUUAGAGUAUCUAGUUUAAAAAAUGUGUCCGAUGACCCCGCCCGCAAACCAAGAUGGCCGACAUGGCUAAAAAAUAGUACAUAGGGUAAAAUGCAGUUUUUGGCUCAUAUCUCUGAAACCAAGGCAUUAAGAGCAAAUCUGAUGGGAUAAAAUUGUUCAUUAGGUCAAGAUCUAUCUGCCCUGAAAUUUUCAGACCAAUCAGGCAACCCGUUGUUGGGUUGCUGCCCCUGAAUUGGUAAUUUUUCGUAAAUUUUGCGGUUUUUGGUUAUUAUCUUGAAUAUUAUUAUAGAUAGAGAUAAACUGUAAACAGCAAUAAUGUUCAGCAAAAUAAGAUCUACAAAUAAGUCAACAUGACCAAAAUGGUCAGUUGACCCCUUAAGGAGUUAUUGCCCUUUAUAGUCAAUUUUUAACUAUUUUUCGUAAAUUUUUGUAAUUUUUUACAAAAAUCUUCUCCUCUGAAACUACUAAGACAAAUUUAACCAAACUUGUCCACAAUCAUCAACAGGGUAUCUAGUUUAAAAAAUGUGUCCGAUGACCCUGCUCGCGAACCAAGAUGGCUGACAUGGCUAAAAAAUAGUACAUAGAGUAAAAUGCAGUUUUUGGCUCAUAUCUCUGAAACCAAAGCAUUUAGAGCAAAUCUGAUGAGAAUAAGAUUGUUCAUUAGGUCAAGAUCUAUCUGCCCUGAAAUUUUCAGACCAAUCAGGCAACACGUUGUUGGGUUGCUGCCCCUGAAUUGGUAAUUUUAAGAAAAUUUUGCAGCUUUUGGUUAUUAUCUUGAAUAUUAUUAUAGAUAGAGAUAAACUGUAAACAGCAAUAAUGUACAGCAAAGUUAGAUCUACAAAUAAGGCAACAUGACCAAAAUUGUCAAUUGACCCCUUAAGGAGUUAUUGCCCUUUAUAGUCAAUUUUUUACAAUUUUCAUAAAUUUUGUAAAUUUUUGUAAAUUUUUACAAAGUAUUUUCCACUGUAAUUACCGGGCCAAGUUCAUUAUAGAUAGAGAUAGUAGUAAGGAGCAAGAAUGUUCAGUAAAGUAAGAUCUACAAACACAUCACCAUCACCAAAACACAAUUUUGUCAUGAAUCCAUCUGUGUCCUUUGUUUAAUAUGCACAUAGACCAAGGUGAGCGACACAGGCUCUUUAGAGCCUCUAGUUAUUAUAUACAUUUCAAGCAUUUUACCAACUAGUAAAUUAUUUUGAAAAA